AUCGUGCGCACGUUCUGUGGGAGAAAGAAGAGUGGAGGUUCAAGGUGGAAGGCUGUUUCAACAACACGGCAGUCCACUGCAGAAAAAAAAGAUUGAAAACGAGAAACGCCAAAGGGGAGGGCACCGACAUGGAAACUGAUGGCGCCAAGGAAAAGCAGGAGAAUGCCCUCUCCGAUUCGAGCUCGACGGCCGCCGCUUCAAUUCACGCAGUUAAGGCCGAUGCAGAAACAAAAACGGCAGAGGGCCGUGGCGACUCCAAGACUGCUCAUCCCAGGGACGCCGAGUCGGAUGCCGACGAUGUAGACGUCGAGCUUGGCGCGCAGUCGCGCGAUGGCGACGGUCUCAACCUCAACCGGACCAGCACGCGCACCAGCGUGAGGUCGCGUCUCUCUCGCGUCCUCUCGCGCAAGCGCACGCCCCAGCAGCGCAUACCGCCGACUCCCAUCCCGGUGUCGGACCUGGACGCGGGCGUGGUCGGCUGGGAGUCGCAGGACGACCCAGCGAUGCCUCUCAACUUCCCGCAGCGCAAGAAGUGGCUCAUCGUCGGCCUGCUGUCGGGCAUCACGCUGCUCACUCCCCUCGCCUCGUCCAUCCUGGCCCCCGGCAUCACCACCCUCAACCGCGACUUCGACAACCACAACGACGUCGUCGGUACCAUGACCGUCAGCGUCUACCUGCUGGGCUACGUCAUCGGGCCGCUGUUCCUCGCCCCGCUGAGCGAGCUGUACGGCCGCCGCCCGGUGCUGGCUGCGGCCAACAUCUUCUUUUGCAUUUGGCUGAUCGGGUGUGCGCUGGCUCCCUCGAUCGCGUCACUGAUCGUAUUCCGGUUCUUCAGUGGAGUCGGUGGUUCCGGGUGUCUGACCCUUGGCGCGGGAAUCAUUGCCGACGUCUUUAGAGUUGACCAGAGGGGCACGGCCAUUGGCAUUUACACGCUCGGGCCGCUGAUUGGCCCGACGGUCGGUCCCGUCGCCGGCAGCUGGCUCUCCCAAACCAUCGGCUGGCGCUGGGACUUUUGGAUCGUCUUCAUCGUUUCCGUUAUCGUCGUCGGCCUGUAUGAGCUGCUCACCACAGAGACCAACCCGCGCAUCCUGAUGCGGAAGAAGGUUGAGCGCCUGAAGAAGGAACUCAACCGGACCGACCUCCGCAGCUGCUACGAAGACCCCGGUGCCGAGAAGCUGAGCACGUCCCGUGUCCUCCUCAACGGCCUCAUCCGCCCAACUAAGAUGCUCUUCCUGUCACCAACCGUCUUUCUCAUCUCGCUGUACCUUGCCUUUACAUACGGCACGCUCUACCUCCUCUUCACCACCAUCCCCUUGGUCUUCCAAGCGACGUACGGAUGGAGCGUCGGCAUCACUGGGCUGGUGUAUAUCUGCCUCGGGCUUGGCAACUUUACCGGCUGGGCCGUCGUCACGGCGACGUCGGACAGGGGCGUUGUCAAGCGCACCAAGGCCAACGGCGGCGUCUUCGAGCCCGAGAUGCGCCUGCCGCUGACCAUCAUCUUCAGCUGCUUUCUGCCCAUCACCUUCUUUUGGUACGGCUGGUCGACCUACUAUAAAACCCACUGGAUCGUCCCCGUCAUCGGCCUGUUCCCCUUUUCGCUUGGCAUCAUCGGCCUUUUCCUGCCGCUGACGACGUACCUGGUCGACUGCUUCCCUAUGUACGCGGCCUCGGCCAUUGCCGCAAACACGGUGUUCCGCAGUUUGGUGGGCAUGUUGCUGCCCUUGGCUGGCCCGGCCAUGUACGAAAACCUCGGUCUCGGCUGGGGAAACACGUUGCUGGGCUUCAUCUGCAUCGUGAUGAUUCCCGUGCCCCUACUGUUCUUCAAGUAUGGCGGGAAGCUGAGGAAGAUGGGAUUGCAGCUUGUGAACUGAGCGUGCGGAGGAUGCGUCAAAAGACCCUCCAGGGAGCGACAGCUCCACCGGCUCAGGAGGGACAUAAGUUGCCUGUCCCUUGUUCUUCGUCGUUUUCUCAUGAUAAUCAUUCCUGCUGUACUCAUACCCAUUGCGACGUGUCUCUCACGCAUCUAGAUUCUAAUGAUCAUCUUUCUCGGAAUGAUAAACUGAUUUCAGUAGUGUUC